AGACGGCCGCCAUGCAGUCUAAAAGGGUGUGAAUGGUCACUUUCGGGAGGUGACAGUGUGGGGCUGAAAGGACAGUAUCGUCUACCCACCCGCCUUGUAACUGGCGGUGGACCACAAUGCAACAAGUUUUGGAAUAUGCAUUGGAUCGAGCCGAGUACAUAGUUGAAAGUGCUCGACAACGACCAGCCAAAAAAAGACUGUCAUCCGGUGGGAGGAAGAGUCUGUAUCAGAAGCUGUAUGAGCUGUACAUAGACGAAUGUGAAAAAGAGCCCGAGUUAAAGAAUUUAAGGAGGAAUGUGAAUCUACUAGAAAAGCUGGUGUCUCAGGAGUCUGUAUCGUGUCUGGUGGUCAAUUUGUACCCUGGAAAUGAAGGCUACUCUCUGAUGCUCAGGGGCAAGAAUGGAUCUGACUCCGAGACUAUUCGUCUGCCUUAUGAAGAGGGAGAACUGCUGGAGUAUCUUGAUGCUGAGGAGCUUCCCCCUGUUCUGGUUGAUCUGUUGGAGAAGUCACAGGUCAACAUCUUCCAUUGUGGCUGCGUGAUAGUAGAGGUGAGGGACUACCGGCAAUCUGGCAAUACCAAGAUGCCAACCUAUCAGAGCAGACACAUCCUGCUGCGACCAACAAUGCAGACUCUGAUCUGUGAUGUCCACGCCAUGACCAGUGACCACCACAAAUGGACGCAGGAUGACAAAUUGCAGUUGGAGAGCCAGUUAAUUCUGGCCACGGCUGAGCCUUUGUGUCUGGACCCUUCCAUCUCCGUCACCUGCACAGCUAACCGACUGCUCUACAACAAACAAAAGAUGAACACUCGCUCUAUGAAACGGUGUUUCAAGAGGCACUCUCGCGCAGCUCUGAACAGGCAGCAGGAGUUGUCCCAUUUGCCCAUACCGCCACAGCUACGUCUCUAUGAUUACCUGCAGAGGAGGAAGGAGAGGAAGUCUACCCCUGUCAUAGACCUCAAAAUUUCCAAGACUGGAAACUGUGUUGACAUGUGGAAACGGAAUAGCUGCCAACUAAGUGUACCGAACGAAAUCGAUGUGGAGAGGUAUGCUGUGGUAGAGAGGUCACUGCAGCUGGAUGACCCUCAGCCCACUGUGAUUUGGCCGGCUGAGGAGGUCAUAGAUGACUACACGUUUGAGUGUGAAGUGGGGGGCCAGGCCCAGAGGACCAAGGUGUCAAUCUUCCAGUCCAUGGGAGACCCACUGGUGUAUGGCAAGAUAUACUGUGCUAAAGAACCAAAAACCGAGGAGGACGGCACAGACCUAAAGCUCAUACACCCACCAUUCCUUAUAGGCUCAAAGAUAGAUGCAGACAGGUUUCUUAUUCAAUACAAAGGAGUAUAUGAGAGAGAUGUGAAGUGUCAGGUGAAGAUGUCCCAUAACUCAGGCAACAUAGGGCAGGGGCCCCCCUCACCCAGCAAAGAUAAUGAGGGUGAUAGUUUUUCUGCACUGGUCCAGACAUCUGUGCUGGGGAAAGGAGUUAAGCACCGGCCCCCACCAAUCAAGCUACCUUCCGGAUCAAGUAGCAGCUCCUCAGGUAAUCCAUACAGCUCCCAAACCACCAGUAGUCUACUCAAGUGUCCUACGCCCCCUCCAGCCAAAAGCCAAUCACUGAACAGGAAGCACUCCCUGGAGCUAGGCCAAGUGGGCCUGCUGUCCCCCGCCGCCCUCUCCCCCAUGGGAUCCACACAGAGAUCUGGGACCCCUAAGCCAUCCACCCCAACGCCGACCAACACGCCAUGUUCCACCCCGCACCCUGCUGACUCCCUUGGUGCACCUCUCUCAGUGACCCCGACACCCUCAGACGCUCCCCUGGUGCAGACCCAGUCACAGCCCACCCUCCUCGCUCCUUUUCCCCAGCAGCAGCUGGCUUUGAGCCAGCCCCUGUCCGCCGUUAUGAACAUCCCUCUGCCCACCAUGGGCACAUCCAUUACCACAGGCACCACUUCUUCCCAGGUCAUGGCCAACCCUGCAGGCCUUAAUUUCAUCAAUGUGGUGGGCUCUGUAUGCAGUCCGCAGACCCUGAUGAGCGGCUCAAACCCGAUGCUGGGUCCAGGCCUUAACCUGAGUGGAAUCCUGCCACCUGGUGGGCUAAUGCCCACCAUGCAGUCUACAGCUCAGCCCGGGAGUCCCUUUGGCCUGAACAGCAGCGCUGGGCUGAGACCGCUGAAUCUGUUGCAGAUCCCUACUGGUCCUCUGAUCUUUAACUCUCUGCCGCAGCAGCAGCUGUCUCAGUUUUCCCCUCAGCAGAGCCAAUCAGCCACUUCCAGCCCUCAGCAGCAGGGGGAGACGGGUGACCAGGGAUCAGAUCAAAGCUUAGGAAACCAACAGACAGCAGUUAUUAAUCUGGGGGUAGGAGGCUUCAUGUCUCCACAGGCAGCAGUGCUGUCCCAGCUGGGCUGUGGGCUGGACGGGCCUGGGCCCCCACUGCCCCCUCCAAGGCUUCAGCAGCAGCACCAGCCACAGAUCCAAUUGCAAUUCUUGCAGCACCAAAUGCAGCAGCAGCAAAUGGCUAUGGGAGCAACAGCUCCUCUGGGGGGAGCGCCACGGCAGCAUACCGCCAGCCAAGCAAGAAGUAAGAGGAAGAGGAGCAUGCCGCAACCAAUCCCUAAAUCAUGACAAAGAACACAAUCACACACUAAAACCCUACACACACACACACACCCUCAUCACUAGGACAUGAACAAUCCAUACUGUGUUCGCUGCCUGUCUCACUGUGGAGACUGCAGACAAAAAAAAACUUUUUUUGUCUUUUCGUCU